UUGAUCACUUAUAGAACGCAUUUCAUGUCAUGCGUUUGAUUCGGUGGCGUAUCCAGGCGUAUCUGCCUUUAAUGUCCUCAUUCUAACCUACAGUAGUUCUACCUUUUGAAGGAAAAACGUACAAGUAAUUUUAUAUUCUUAUUUUUACAAUAUGAGUCGUUUCUUUGCAACUGGUUCAGACUCGGAGUCUGAAAGUGUAUCCGAGGAGGAGCAGGCACCAAGAGGACCCACUGCAGCUUUCACAUUCAGCGAUGAAGAGGAAGAAACAAAGAGAGUUGUUCGUUCAACAAAGGAAAAGAGAUAUGAAGAAAUUGCUAAUCUCAUUAAACUUAUAAGAAACUAUAAAAAGAUCAAAGAUAUGAGCAGUAUGCUUUCCAGUUUUGAAGAUUUGAUGAGAGCCUACCAAAAGGCAUUACCCGUUAUCACAAAAGAAGAAAGCGGUCAAACGCCUAGAUUUUAUGUCAGAUGUUUGGUGGAAAUGGAAGAUUUCAUCAAUGAAGUAUGGGAAGAUCGUGAUGGACGCAAGAAUAUGUCGAAGAAUAAUUCGAAAUCUUUGACCUCGUUGCGUCAGAAACUUCGUAAAUAUAAUAAAGAUUUUGAAGAAGACAUAGUCAAAUUCAGAGAAAAUCCAGAUCAAGACGACGACGAAGAUGAAGAGAAGCCGGAAGAAGCUAUGGAAUCUGAAGAAGAAGACGACAGUGCAGUUGCUUUUAAGAAAGCUGGUUCAGAAGCAAGCGAGCCAGACUUACCUAAAUUUAAAAAAAGUGUGGCUGAUGGGGACGACGCUAGCGACAGCGAGUCGGAUUGGGGUAGCUCCUCGGAUAGCGAAAGCACAAGCAGCGAAGACGAUGGCCAAUAUCAAAAUAUUCGUGAACGAUUUAUUAAAAAGGCAGCAGACAAGGAAGAAGACGAAGACAAGGCAAAACGGAAAGAACAGCGAAAGGAACGCAAAGAAAAAGACAGGAAAAAGAAGAAGGAUGAAGACGAUGGAGAAGGUGAAUGGGAGACUGUGAAAGGCGGAGUGGCCAUUCCAUCGGAGAAGCCAAAAAUGUUCGCCAAAGAUGCCGAAAUCAACGUGGCUGCUGUUUUGAAAAAGCUAUCCGAGAUCAUUGCAGCUCGCGGUAAAAAACGUACGGACAGACGGGAACAAAUCGAACUGUUACACGAAUUGCAGUCGAUAGCGGACGCGCAUAAUCUUGGGCCGGCCGUAGCAGUGAAGAUCAAGUUUUCCAUUGUGUCUUCCAUUUUCGAUUACAAUCCCAAAGUGUCGGACGCGAUGAAGCCCGAGUAUUGGUCGAAAAUCUUAGAACGUAUAACAGAAAUGCUCGAUAUGCUGUUAAGCACGAAAGAUAUGAUAAUCGCUGAGGUUGUCACCGAGGACGCAGAGGAAUACGAAACUCUUCCGUACAAAAUACACGGAUGUGUAUUGACGUUAGUCGAACGUUUGGACGAAGAAUUUACAAAGUUGUUGAAGGAACGUGAUCCACACAGUAACGAAUACGUGGAACGAUUAAAAGAUGAGAAACAAGUGUCUAUGAUAAUCGACAAAGUUCAAGAGUACUUGGAGAGACAAGGAACCGUUUCGGAACUUUGCCGUGUAUAUCUACGUAAAAUCGAGCAUUUAUAUUACAAAUUCGACCCUAACGUUCUUAAACAGAAGGAGGGAGAACUUGCUGCAGACGUCGUUACAUCCGUCCAAGUGAUGGAAAAACUUUGUAAAUACGUUUACGCUCACGAUGGAACGGACAGACUUAGAACUCGAGCGAUCCUUUCUCAUAUUUAUCACCAUGCGCUUCACGACAACUGGUUCCAAGCACGUGAUCUUAUUUUGAUGUCCCAUUUACAAGAGACCAUCCAGCAUUCUGAUCCAGCUACGCAAAUUUUGUACAACAGAACCAUAGCUCAUUUGGGCUUGUGCGCAUUCCGUCACGCGAAUAUCAAGGAUGCCCACAAUUGCUUGGUCGAUUUAAUGGUAACAGGAAAAGUAAAGGAACUGUUGGCGCAAGGUCUUCUGCCUCAGAGACAACACGAGCGUAGCAAAGAGCAAGAGAAGAUUGAGAAACAGAGGCAGAUGCCUUUUCACAUGCACAUUAACUUGGAACUACUUGAAUGCGUUUAUCUGGUUUCCGCAAUGCUCAUUGAAAUUCCGUAUAUGGCUGCUCAUGAAUUCGACGCAAGAAGGAGGAUGAUCUCGAAGACUUUCUACCAACAGUUACGAUCGAGCGAACGUCAAUCAUUGGUCGGUCCUCCGGAAUCUAUGAGAGAGCACGUCGUGGCAGCGGCGAAAGCGAUGCGUAACGGAAACUGGCUGGCUUGCAACAAUUUCAUAAUUAACGAAAAGAUGAACGCCAAGGUUUGGGAUCUUUUCUAUCAAGCGGACAAAGUUCGUGAUAUGCUCACGAGAUUAAUCAAAGAGGAAGCUCUGAGAACAUAUCUGUUCACCUACUCGCAUGUCUACGAUUCGAUCUCUAUGCCAAAAUUGGCAGAGAUGUUCCAAUUAAAACGACCCAUUGUUCAUUCCACCAUUAGUAAAAUGAUCAUUAAUGAAGAGCUUAUGGCGUCGUUGGAUGAUCCAACGGAGACUGUUGUGAUGCAUCGCAGUGAGCCUAGUCGCCUCCAGUCUCUGGCGUUACAGCUCACUGACAAAGUAAACAACUUUGUUGACUCUAACGAACGUAUCUUCGAAAUGAAACAAGGUAAUUUCUUCUCGCGCGGAAAUCAAGGAAACUUCCGCGAUAGACAGAAUUACAACAGACAGGGACAGGAUUGGGGUCGUCAGAGGCGCGAUCGUGAUAGGGAUCGUAAUCGGGAAGAGAAUCGAAAUUAUUGAGCCGGGAAAUAUUGAAUAUUAUUUACUUGGGUGUUUGACAUUGGAUCAUUGCUGUACUGCAUGUACACUCAUGUAAAUAAUGUUGAAAAUAACAGUAUAUAAAGUAACAGUAUAUUGUUUUAGUGCACCACUGAAGCAUUCGUCUUUUUAAAUUUACGUAUAAAACAUUUAAUUUACAGUAUAAGAAUACAAAAUAUUGG